GAUUCUAUUUCUCUUAAAAUCAAGUAACGUUCUUUUUUCUUUAUUUUUUUUCUUUUAUCUUUGUUAUGUCCACUCUAGAAAUUAAAAACGACCCCUUUGUUAAAGACCUUAAAGAAGGUGAUGAUACACGCAUCAGUGCUGAAGAUAUGCUCAAGUUACUAGAGUCUCUCAAGUUAGAUGCUUCGGAUGCUGAAUUUCAAUCAUUGCUUUUACGCGCCAAAAACGGUGAACCUAUUGAGCGGGAAACACUCAUGUCUGUCGUUACUAAAAUGCUUUCCUCUGACAUUGAACAUCUUGGUGAACUCACUGGAUCUAUUGGUGAUUUUGAGAUCCAAUUCCGUUAAAUAUGGUAUGACGAUUUAGGUAAACUAUUACUUUUCGUUUCAACAUUGUAUGUUAGAAAAAGCAAUUGCUUUGUAAUAAAUUCUUUUUUUUAAUGCUCUUUGACAAUGUGUAACUGCAUGACACUGAAUAAUAUAGUCGAUAUGAAUACUGCAGAGCAACAUGAACACUAAAACAAAAUAAAAUCCUUAAAGACAUUAACAAGAGAACACUGUAUCGCACGAAAAAAUAGCAUGAUUCUCUCAUUGUUGGAUUAAACUGGAUAGAAAUAAUAAGGAAGAACGUGCCUG